GUCACUGACUAAUCCCUUUCUCUUCUCUUCUGUAGUUAGAAAAACAAAGUUCACAACAAACAAGAAAACCCCAUUUCUCUCUCUCUCUCUGUCUCCUCUCUAUCUAAUGGAUGGGGUGGGAGGGAAAAACCAGACAAAAGGGUCUUCAUCUAUCUACUGUUUUCACUCUGUAAACACCAGCACUAAAUCUUUCUUCAACAUAUCUUCUUUUUCUCACUCAUUUCUUGUUUUUUCUACUCACUGAGAAUGGUUAAGUACUACUUUUAGAGAGAAGAAGAGAGGAAACCCAAGUCUUGCAUACCUAUUUUUGCAUUUUGUGAGUUUUUAUCUGUAACAUUUAAGGAAAAUGAGGAAACAUGGUUGGCAAUUGCCUUACCAUCCUCUUCAGGUGGUUGCUGUAGCUGUAUUUCUAGCACUUGGGUUUGCUUUUUAUGUCUUCUUUGUUCCAUUUGCUGGAAACAAAGUGGUUCAGUUUGUUCUUUUAUGUCUCUAUACUCCCCUUAUUACAUGCAUGUUCUGCCUAUACAUAUGGUGUGCAGCGGCUGACCCUGCUGACCCUGGUGCCUUCAAGUCCAAAAAAUAUCUAGGAAAUGCCGGCAGAAUCAAACAUACCCCGGUCAAGGAGUCUACUCAUGGAGCAGAUUCAAUUUCCUCGAGGAAUAAUACAACUGCACGAGAGAAACAUUCAGAUGAACUGUCUGUGGGAAGAGACACUCUUGAGGAGAACAGUAUUGAAAAUGAUGCAGAUAGACUUUUGGACCGUCCAUCAUGUUGUAUGUUUUUACUGGGAUCCUGUACAGCUCUUCUCUGCAAUAAUUCAAGGGGACAUGGAGAAUCAGCAAAUCAACAUAUGAGUGAAGAUGGCAUGUUCUACUGCAGUUUGUGUAAAGUAGAGGUUUUCAAGUACAGCAAGCAUUGUAGAGUUUGUGAUAAGUGUGUCAACCACUUCGAUCAUCACUGCAGGUGGAUCAACAAUUGUAUAGGCAAAAGGAACUACCGUCAGUUUUUCACCCUCAUGCUUUUGGCCCUAAUCCUGCUUAUCAUACAAUGGUUGACUGGAAUACUUGUAAUGAUCUGGGCGUUUAUUGAGAGGAAGCGAUUCACUCGGGAGAUCACCACCAAGCUUGGAAGCAGUUUCUCUUUGACACCCUUCUCUAUUGUAGUGGCAUCUUGCACUAUUUUGGCAAUGGUUGCUACUCUACCCCUUGCUCAGCUUUUCUCCUUUCAUGUUCUCCUCGUAAAGAAGGGAAUUGGCACAUAUGAUUACAUUGUAGCCUUGAGGGAGCAGGAACAACAAGGGGUAGAAGAAGGUCAGCAGAGUCCUCAAAUGUCCCUUGCAAGUUCACGCACUGGGUUAAGCAGUGGAAGCUCCUUCAAUACUUUCCAACGUAAUGCUUGGUGUACUCCUCCUCGUUUGUUUCUCGAGGAUCAGUUCGCUGUAGUUCCUUCGGACCCCAGCAUGUUUGUGGGUUCAUCAGGAAGGAGGAUGGUACACGAAGACCCAGUACCUAAAAAGAAUCCUGGAGCUGUAAAAAUCAGUCCAUGGACAUUAUCUCGUUUGGAUGCGCAAGAAGUCUCGAAGGCUGCUGCUCAAGCAAGAAAGAAGUCCAAAAUCCUGCAGCCUGUAGCACGAAGGGAAGUAGGAAGAGAAAAUGGCUUGGUCAGCAGCCAGAUGGAUCAGAUGGAGCACUGUAGUAGUAAACGGGUUCGUCUGCCAGCGGAACUCCCUCUUGGAACCAUAGCAAAGGUAUCCACAAAAGCUGCCGAAAGCAAACUUAAUGCGCUUUUCCUGGAAACUUCUACUACUUUGGCACCUCUGCAACUUGAAGCACGGAGCGCUUUUCACACAAGUCAUCCCAUGUCAGCAGCUUCGACUUCCAUCGUAGCCUCUUCUUCUCAGCUUUUGCAUUCUAGACAACUAUGGGGUUCAGGUAGAUAGAUCAUUGUAAGAAGCGAAAGGGACGGAAAUAUCGUCAG